AUGGCUCAUCGCCGUGAUCCCGCCUUCGAGAAGGCCAUCUCGCCUCCUUCGGACAAUGGUCCAGUUGAAUCGUUCCAGGUCUCGCCGACCUCGUCUCAGGACACUCGCGUCGCCAUGUACUCCACCGACGAGGGAGCUUCCAACGCUGCCAAGGGCAAGGGCCGUGCCGUCGACGCCCCCAACGGCUUCUCUGGCGCUUCUUCCGAUGCCGCUACUGUUCGAACCCGUAUCUACCCUCACGUCGAAGAGGAUCCCUUCGCGGGACCGUCGACCGCCUCCGGCCAGUCUAUCAACCCCGGGCUUUCGCCCAUGGCCUCGGCUUUUCAGCCCACUCCCACCUUUCAGCCGAACGAUGGAGUCCUCGAUUUUCUCAGCACUGACCUGGGAAUAUCUCGCCUGAUCGAGGUUUCUGGUGAUGGUGUCACCGUCACCGUCGCUGAAGUCGGAAACUUCGUCACCGGAAAGGCGAAGGAUGAUGGAGUCCAGAUUCAUGGAGGUCGUACUCUGUCUACUACUGAUUGCAAGGUGUAUAUCAGUUUUGAGGACCUCCGCGACGCUGGCUGGGCCUCUACCGUGCUGCGACAGAAGCACGGAUGGAUCAACGGUUUUCUUCACGGAAACAUGACCGAGAACGGCUACGAAUAUGCCGGCGAUCAGCGACUGACUCACCUGGGUCAAGUUGCCAUUUUUGCCUCCCCACCAUUCGGUGCUGUCGCCGACCCUAUCCAGGUUGUCGAGGUAGCCAAGGCCAUCUUGAACUCACAUGGCCAGCUGUUUGGACUCGUCAAGCAGCUCGGGUGGGGUGAUGGAUCUUUCCGAGCCAUCGGCCAGUUUUGCAAGGUCGCGGACGCCAUCAACGCCGUUCGAGUUUUCAACGGUGUCACUCCUCACGGGCUCCACCUGGAGGUUACCGCUCCUAUCGGGCCCAGCAAUGCCAAGGCCACGGGUGGAAACGAUCCCGCCAUGCAUGGACUCGCUCUUGUCCAUGUCGCCAACCGCCAGCAGGGAGCUGGAGGUGGAAACCGCCCUGUUCAUGCCCCAUACCUCAUCCCAUCCGCUCCGGCCAGCAUGCAGUAUGGGAUGCAGGGCAUGCACCUUGUCGGUCCUGCUUACCAGGCUCCUCCCUCCCCUGCCAUGACCUCUCGUCAUGGUGCCAACAUCCACUCGCCUUCCCGUUACCGCAACGGUAACCAUUACAACUAUCAUCAUGCGUACCACAAUGGUAUGCUCACGCGAUGGAAUCCUCGCCGACAGCCUCGUUCUCACCGCGCUGGUCGGAAUGUUAACAGCACCAAUCAUGUUGACCUGCAGGAAGUCAUUUCGGGCCGCGACUGUCGCACGACUAUUAUGCUGCGCAACAUUCCCAACAAGGUUGAUCAGCCCAUGCUCAAGCGUUUUGUUGAUGAGUCAAGCUUUGGCAAGUACGACUUCAUGUACUUGCGCAUUGACUUCGCAAACGAUUGCAAUGUUGGGUAUGCUUUUAUCAACUUCGCAAAGGCGGAGUACAUUAUCCCCUUUGUUGAGCAUCGUGCCAACAAGCGCUGGAACUUGUUUCGUUCCGACAAGGUGGCUGAGGUCUCUUAUGCCACGAUUCAGGGGAAAGACUGCCUCGUGCAGAAAUUCCGCAACAGCUCAGUAAUGCUGGAGGCCGAGCAUUAUCGGCCCAAGUUGUUCUACACGGAUCAUUGCGAGGACCAGCAGUUGAUUGGCCGUGAGGAGCCGUUCCCCGGUCCCGACAACCACUCGAAGAUGAAGCGAUCUUGCGAGAAUGCUGAGCAUGUUGGGCUCUUUACCCCCAACGCUGGCCAGCACUACCGCGAUGAGCAGCGCCGCCGCCGCUCUCAGUAUGAUCGCGGGACUCGUCUCGCCGUCUUGGAGGAGAUGCAUGAGACUACCAUCGGGCCUUACUAUGCCCGUGACCUCAACAUGCGUCGUUGA